UUUAAUUAUAAAAAAAUAAUUAAUAAUUUUCAUUUUCUCCCCCCCCCCCGGGGAACAGUGAGUCGGUCUCUGAGUCUUCCUCCACAAGUUUCAGGCUGUAAGCAAGCAGAUGAGAUUGCAGAAGCCAUUGCAGCCUCACCCCUUGAAUCGCGCCUUUCUUCCAUUUCCUUUUGGGGUUUUAUUACUGGAUGAAUCUUGGGUCCAGGCUUUAGUUAUUUAACUGCCGAGACUCACACUGAGAGAGCGAGAGAGUUGAAAGGAUUCAAAUUUCAAUGACGGGGGGAGGUUCAACGCCCGAGACGUUUGCCGGCGUACGUUUCCUUCUCUUGGGAUUUGACACCUUUGACGAGCACCAGGUUCGAUCUAAGCUUGUAGAUUGCGGCGGAGUGGAUGUUGCCCACUACUCCCCCAAUUGUACCCACGUCAUUGUCGAUAAAAUUGUGUAUGAUGAUCCGUGUGUUGCUGCUCGAAAUGACGCCAAGACGCUCGUCACCGCUUUAUGGGUCCAUCAUAGUUUUGAUGUUGGACUCCCCGUUGAUCCCGCUUCGAUUAUAUACAGACCUCUUAGAGAUUUGAAUGGUAUUCCGGAUGCCAAGGGACUUAUUGUAUGCUUGACUGGAUAUCAACGACAAGAUAGAGAUGACAUUAUGGGGAGAAGUACGAACUUGCCAAGAAAAUCCCAAAGCUUAAGGGAUUGGCAACUUCUUCCAGAAGAUACUUACAACACUAGUGGGUAUGAACUGGAGAUGAUGGAGGCUGAGGCUAGAGAUUCAGAAGAUGAGGCUGAAAACACAUUUGUGAAGCAAGCUGGGGUGAGAACACUGAGAAGCAUGUAUAAGAGUCCUCACAAUAUAAAAGCUGGCUCACCAACAACACCUAGAUUGCCUACACCAGAAGGAGAGAUGCCUAAUGUUCCCUUGGUUUUUAAUAAUGCCAUUGGCAACUUAUCAAUUCCUCGGAAUGAGAAUAAAUUGGAUCAAGCCUCAAGCGUUUCUAAUUCUUAUGUUUCCAAGGGAUUAAGAUGUCAGGAUGCAUGCCAGUUGAGGGCUGCUAGUGGCCGUGACCUAAAUGAUCAACAUCACGGAACCCCUGAUCCUAAGGUGAGAGAUGAUUUCAUAAUUAAUUGUGGUUCUGCUGAAAGGGCUUCUCACUUGGCUGGGAAAUUAAGCUACUCAAGGCAAACCUCAUGGAGGCCAACACUUCCAUUACACAUGGGAAAUAAAUCAGGCGGUGGUAGUGUGUCUUCUAAAGUACCUAUUCGCAAAUUAAAUGCCAAUGAUGAUUUGGCCUCUUAUACUUUGAAAGCAGAUCAAGCAGAUGAAAAAUUUGACUCCAAUUGUGUUGAAGUCCCUUUAAAAGAUACUAAUUUACAGAACAGAGAAGAGUCAAGUGGUAUAUUUCCUCGGAAAAGGGUGAUGGAUCUCUCUUAUACUAGCUCCAAAUCACAGAAGAUGAAUCCGGGUGCAAAAUCAGGAAUUUCAAUUGCUUUGACUUUCUCUGCCACUGUGAUCUCAAACAUGGGGAAAGAUAAGGUGAAGUCCAAGAAGACUCUAGGUUCUUGGCCUAAGUUAGUUUCUGCUAACCAAAAGGGGUCUGUGCACUUAUAUAAAGAUGCCUCCUUAAAUGAUACCGCAAUUAUUUUCAAUGCAGGGGAUCAUGAAAAAUCCCCUGAUCCCACGAAGCUUGGUGUGCUCUGCUCAGAUGUUAAUUUUGAACCCCCAAACAAGGUGGAGGGAAAAGAUGUUAACAUGUCUGCAGAUGUUGCUGAGAAAAACUGUGAAUCUAUGGAUGAUGAAACUAGGCUCCGGUGGAAGAACAUGAACAUAAAUUGGAGAAUGUACUUCAUGAAGCUGGUUAUGGUGGCCCAGGCAACAAAUAAAUGUGUCACCAUGGAUGAUAGGUCAGGACAGGAGCAGCACCUACAGGAUCACUCUGAUGCCUGUGCUCCUUGUGAUGUAAUGGUCAAGUCAGGUUCUGACAACAUUUAUCUGCUAGUUGAGUCAACUGCAAACGGAAAUGCUGUCAAGGGAAAGAAGAAACAAGGGAAAAAGCUUGCUUUGGGUAAAACCAAGCUGAAAACUGUUCCCCCUGUCACGGAUGUUUACCCCCAUUUAUGGAGAGGCUGCUCCCAAAAACCUAACAAAGUUGUCUCUGAGGAAAAUACUAGGAAUGAUAACACUGUGGUGAUAGAAAAGAAACAAGAAAAAAGAUGUGCAGGUUUAGUAGGCAAAUCUGAGUGCCGUGUUGUGCCCCAAAAUAAGUUAGAGGAUUCUUCCGAAAUGAAGGAGAACAGGCCAACUGUUGGUGGAGAUCAAACUGUAAGCAAGUCCAAACAGCAGGCAGAAAAAUCAACAGCUAAAUCUGAUACAACUCCGUUGAAGAUAAUUCAAACAUCUGUGGAGAGAAGUGACAAUCCUUCAACACCUGAAGGGAAGGCUCCAAGCAAAGUUAAAAUUGAACCUGUAAGGUUUAUUCUGAGUGGGCACCGAUUUCAAAGAAAGGAGUUUCAGAAAGUUAUCAAGCGUUUGAAAGCAAAAUGUUGCCGGGAUUCUCAUCACUGGUCUUACCAGGCAACGCACUUCAUCUCUCCAGAUCGAGUUGGCAGGACAGAGAAGUUUUUCGCAGCUGUAGCGUCUGGAAGGUGGAUUCUUAAGAGUGAUUAUCUGGAAGCUAGUGAUAAGGAAGGAAGGUUUUUGGAAGAAGAACCUUAUGAAUGGUACAAGAAUGGCCUUGGUGAAGAUGGUACCAUCAAUUUGGAGGCCCCAAGGAAGUGGCGGCUCUUGAGAGAGAGAACAGGCCAUGGUGCUUUCCACGGAAUGCGCAUUAUCAUAUAUGGCGAAUGUAUUGCACCACCUUUGGAUACUCUGAAGCGUGUCAUGAAGGCUGGUGAUGGAACAAUUUUGGCGACUUCUCCUCCUUACACCCGCUUCCUUAAGUCGGGGGUUGACUAUGCCAUUGUCAGUCCAGGCAUGCCCCGUGCUGAUAUGUGGGUACAAGAGUUGUUGAAGCAUGAGAUACCCUGCGUUGUGGCCGAUUACUUGGUUGAGUACGUGUGCAAACCUGGGCACCGGCUUGACAGACACGUGCUAUACAACACCAAUGCGUGGGCGGAGAAGUCAUUUGAGAGAGUACAGAGCAGGGCGGAGGACAUGGUGGAGGAAGCGUUUACAGGUGAGGAUGGUGAUGAUUCUAGUUGCAGCGAUGGUAGUGAUAUAGCUUGCGUGGUGUGUGGGUGUGGGGAGAGAGGAGAGGUGAUGUUGAUAUGCGGCAACGAAAUUGGGAGCGUGGGGUGUGGAAUUGGUACUCAUAUCGAGUGCUGCAAUCCACCGCUUGAAAGUGUUCCGGAGGAUGACUGGUUUUGUCCAAACUGUAGUUGGAGCAAAAACAGCACCAAAUCUUCCAAGAAAAGGAAAAUGGGUUUGUUGGUUGACAGUUAAUGGCUUGUAGAGUAGAGUAGAACUACUGUAUUGUAAAUCAGUAAUCGUAUGAUGAUAUUUAUUUUGAUUAAUAAAUGCACACAAGAGAAGAGGAGAAGAGAAGUUUUCUGAGU